AUGGAACACUUUGCGGAUCAGGAGACGCAAGACUUGCCCGCCCUCAACUUUGAAUCAGGAGUAUUGGUUGCUUGGAAAAAAGGAGUUGAAGAAUUUGUGGACAAAACCAAGGACAACCUUUGGCGGAUACUUGGGUUGGAACAAUUGCGCACUCUCCCACAUUUUCAGACCAAGACUGAUCCCACCACCACGGUUAAGCCUUGGUCAAAUGAAGGGCAGAAAUGGCUGGACAAAAAUCAAGCAGCGGUUGCACUGACUCCAAAAUGGCAUCAACUGGUCGGCAUUGUAAGGAUCAUAGACAAAAUGCUGAAGGGGGAACCAGUAUUGCUGAUGGAUGAGGUUGGCGUAGGCAAAACAAUGCAAGCAAUUGGAGUGGUAGCAUGUGCUGCCUACUUUUGCAAUUUCUAUGACAUACACGGCAAGUUUCCUGGGAUCUUUGGUCAAUACAAGUGUGCCUCAACUGGGGCCAAUCUACCUGAUUAUCCGACGAUCAUUGUUUGCCCCACAAACCUCCAUGCUCAAUUAAUGAACGAGAUUGAGCGGUAUUUAUGUUACGGAACCUUCGACCUUUUGCCUUACACCGGCAAGCCGCAACAAUGGGAGCAAUAG